AUGAAAGAUUUCGAUGAAAUUACGUCUUUCCUGGGCGACUACGGCCUCUUUCAAAUUCUAAUGAUCGUUCUGCUCAGUUUAAGUGUGAUUCCCUGCGGGUACAUGGGGGUGAUCGUGGUUUUCGUUUCGGAUACUCCCGAGCAUCACUGCAAAGUGUCGAUCAACUCCACUACUCUCAACAGCAGCUGGAUCGGACCUGACAGCUGUUCUCGAUACAAGCUGGACGGAAACCGGACGGAGGCAGCGGGACUCAGCAACGACACCGAGCACUGUCUGGAUGGAUGGGUGUUCAGCACUGAGAGAUACACCGCCACUAUAGUGUCUGAGUGGGAUUUGGUGUGUGACAAUGCAUGGAAAGUCCCUUUUUCCACCUCCUUAUUCUUUGUAGGAGUCCUGAUUGGAUCCUUCGUAAGUGGUCACCUCUCAGACCGGUUUGGCAGAAAACCAGUGUUUUUUUUCACCAUGAUCUUACAAACAGGCACUGCUUUGAUCCAGGCUACCUCCGUCAGUUGGGUCAUGUUCUGUAUCCUCAACUGUCUGAGAGGACUUGGCCAGAUAUCCAAUUACAUCGCAUCACUCGUCCUAGGAUCUGAGAUGCUGAGCCAGUCUGCCAGAGUGAGCUACACUCUGCUGGGCCACAGUCUAGGUUUUGGCAUUGGUUAUGCCUUGUUGUCGCUCUUUGCCUACUUUAUACGGGGCUGGAGGAUGCUGCUGGUUGCUUCUGCCAUCCCCAGCUUGCUAUUUAUUCCACUGUGGUGGGUGAUUCCUGAGUCUCCACGUUGGCUUUUGCAGAAAGGUCGGGUGGAGGAGGCCGAGCUUGUCAUACGUAAUGCUGCCAAGAGGAACAGAGUCCCCGCUCCUGAGGUCAUAUUCAGGGCUAGCGAGUACUUAGAACUAAUGAAAAAUAAAGGUGAGGAGGAGAAGACAUACACUUAUGUGGACCUGAUUCGUACCCCGAACAUGAGGAAUAUUACAAUUAUAGGUGUUUUCAUAUGGAUUUCCGUUGCCAUGGUCUUCUAUGGUCUCUCUCUUAAUACAAGUAACCUGAAUGGAAAUGCCUACCUCAACAGCUUCAUUUCAGCAGCCAUUGACAUUGUAGUGUACAUAGCCACUUGGCUGCUGGAACACGCACCUCGACCCACUCUGCUCUUCUCCACGCUCAUAUUCUGUGGCAUCAUGCUUCUCAUCAUCCCGCUGGUUCCUGAAGACAGGCAUGUCACGCUCCAGGUGUUAGCCUUUGUAGGAAAGAUGGGCGUGUCUGGUGCUUACUGCUACAUUUAUGUGCUUUUUACUGAGCUGAUCCCCACUGUGGUCAGGAACAUGGGACUUGGUGUCUGCUCCACAGCUGCACGCAUCGGCACCAUCAUGUGCCCUUAUGUGAUCUAUUUUGGUGUGUACAGCAGGAUCCUACCAUACAUUAUUUUUGGCACAAUCAGCAUCAUAGCUGCUGCUCUUAGCAUGAUGCUGCCAGACACCAGAAACAGCAAACUUCCUGACCUUAUCAGCCAGGCCAAACCCAUCAGAGGCUGCUGCUGUCUGAAGGAAACAGCUACAGCCCAGUCAGACACAAAUGAAGGCUGUUGA